AUGGUCGGUCUGCCAGCUCGCGGAAAGUCCCUCAUCGCCGGCAAAAUCGUACGCUACCUCAAGUGGCUCUCUGUCACGGCCAGAAUCUUCAACGUUGGCAGCUAUCGUCGUAACGAUAACCCCCACCCUGAUGCCAACUUCUUCGACGUCAACAACACCGCUGGAGAACAGGCCAGAAGAGCUGCUGCAGAAGCUGCCGUUGCCGACAUGAUCAAGUGGUUCUCUAACAAGAAAAACAAAGUCGGCAUUCUCGACGCUACCAAUUCGACCAAAGCUCGUCGCAAGUGGAUCUACGAAAAGAUCACAGAGGCCAAGCUGCUUCACAUCUUCAUCGAGUCAAAGUGCGACGAUGAGAGCAUCAUCAUGCACAACAUCCUUGAUGUCAAGACCACAUCUCCAGACUACGUGGGCCAGGAUCCAGAGAAAGCUGCUCAAGACUUCAGAGACCGGAUCAAGAACUACGAGAAGGUCUACGAAUCACUCGACGAGUCGGAAAAGGACUACAGCUACGUCAAGGUCACCAACGUCGGACACCAAGUCGUCAUCAACCGCAUCCAAGACUAUCUCUCAAGCCGCAUCGUCUACUAUCUGACCAAUCUCCACAUCAAACCCCGCUCCAUCUGGCUGUCUCGACAUGGCGAAUCCGAGUACAAUGUCCUCAAGUUGAUCGGCGGAGAUUCAAACCUGUCCCCUCGCGGCGAAGAGUACGCUAAGAUUCUUCCAGAACUCCUCAUCAAGUCUGGUAUCCCAAAAGACCAAAAGGUCGUUGUUUGGACCUCCACCCUACUCAGAACCAACCAAACUGCCAGACAUGUUGUCGAGCAGUUAGGAUUCCGCAAGCUCGAGUGGAAGGCCCUCGACGAGAUUGAUGGAGGCAUCUGCGACGGCUAUACGUACCGGCAGAUUGCCGAAAAGUGGCCCGAGGACUUCGCGGCGCGCGACUCUGACAAAUAUCACUACCGAUACCCCGGUGGUGAGUCGUACGCCGACGUCGUCGCGCGUCUUGAGCCAAUCAUCAUGGAGCUCGAGCGCGAGGAGAACGUCAUCAUCGUCACGCACCAGGCGAUUUUGCGGUGCAUCUAUGCGUAUUUCAACGAGACGCCCUCCGACGAGAGCCCCUGGCAGAAAAUACCUCUGCACACGCUCAUCAAGCUGACCCCGCGGGCCUACGGGUCCAAGAAAGAGGAGUUCCCGGCCAACAUACCGGCCGUGAGCACCUACCGAGCCAAGGGGGAGGUAGAGGAGGAGGCGGGAGAUAAGCCGGCCGAGUGA